AUGGCGGCGCCCGUCCUGCCCCUGCAGCAGGUGAAACUCGCCUCGCUGCCCUCAACCCGCCUUACGCCAGAGCAACAAUACUGGCGCACCUUCAAGAACCCUCUCUUGAUUCCUUCGCCGGCUAAUGGCCCCGUUAAUCUCAUCACUCAACCCUCCGCACCCUCCUCCUCUGCCGCAUUCCCAUCUCUGACACAACCUCCGGACGUUUUCACGGUGACCACUGGCGCCCGGGUCCAGAUCUACUCGAUUCGCACACGGAAGCUUUUGCGGACGAUUACUCGGUUCGACGAUACAGUUCGCGGCACAGAUGUCCGUCCCGAUGGCCGUAUCUUUGUGGCGGGUGAUGAUACGGGUAAAUUGCAGGUCUUCGAUGUGAACUCGCGUGCCAUCUUGAAGACAUGGACGGAUCACAAGCAACCGGUCUGGGUUAGCAAGUUUUCACCCAGCGACCCGACGGCGCUCCUGUCGGCCAGUGAUGACCGUACCGUUCGGUUGUGGGAUUUGUCUUCAGACUCGAGUGCGCGGACAUUCGUUGGCCACACGGACUACGUGCGAAGCGGUUCUUAUAUGCCCGGCUCGAUGUCUUCGUCUGGAUUGCUUGUGUCUGGUUCUUACGAUCGUACUGUCCGUAUUUGGGAUCCCCGUGUUGAAGGCCGUGCGGCCAUGACGUUCAAGAUGGCCGCCCCCAUUGAGACUGUGCUGCCCAUGCCGGCGGGUACCACUGUUCUGGCUGCUGCCGACAACAAGAUCGGCGUGUUGGAUAUCGUUGCUGGAAAGCCGCUACACAUUAUUCAGAGCCACCAGAAGACGGUGACGUCUCUUGCCUUGGCCUCGAACGGAGAGCGCCUGAUCAGUGGUGCGCUAGAUGGCCACAUGAAGGUCUUUGAGACGACUGGGUGGAACCCCGUCUCCGGAUCCAAGUACCCCUCCCCUAUUCUGUCACUCAAGGUCAUCACCUCUGGUAUGGCGUAUGAGGAUAGACACAUCGCCGUUGGUAUGCAGUCGGGCCUGCUCUCGGUCAAGACCCGUCUGUCCGGCCAACAGAAGGUCAAGGAGCGUGAACGCCAAAAGGAGAUGCAAGCACUUUUGGAGGGCAAGUUGGAGGAGCACGACCGACAAGUCGCAAAGAAGCAGAAGCUGCGCGGCUCCGGUUGGGAGAAGCGUCUUCGUGGACGGGACUUUAUCGGCGAAGGGGUGGAUAUCGUGAUUGAGGGCCAGGAUCGCAAGAAGCGGAAGAAGGAGCAGCCGUGGGAGAAUGAUCUUCGCAAGGGUCGCUACUCGGUUGCUCUCGACCAGGUCCUCUCAUCUACCGACAAGAUCGCCCAACUCACCCUCUUCACAGCCCUUCGUCACCGGUCCGCCCUCCGCGCCUCGCUCAAGGACCGCGACGAAGUUACCCUGCAGCCCGUUCUACACUGGAUCUACAAGCACAUCCGUGAACCCCGUCUAGUAGAUCUGUGUGUCGAGGUUGCCAUGAAUGUCCUCGACAUCUACUCGGGUAAUCUGGGUCAGUCUGCCCAGAUUGACAAGCAGGUGGAGCGUCUGCAUAAGCGAGUGCGGGAUGAGGUCGAGAUGGCCCAACAUGCAUGCCAAACGAAAGGCAUGCUGGAUAUGUUGAAGGUUAAUUAA